AUGGCACAGAAGCAUUUGCAUGAGCUUCUAAAAGAAGAUCAAGAACCAUUUUACACUGCUAAUAAACGUUUUCAUCUCAAAAGACUUAAUUUUUCUUCUUCUAAAACUUCCUCUUUACAAAUCAAAAAAUUUCAAAAGCAAAUUAAUCAAACCCCAUCAUCUAAAUUAUGCAAAAAUACUUGUUUUUUCUCCUUCGGAGAAUCACCGGAAUUAAGAAAAUCCCCUUUGUGUUUACCUUCGCCGGCGCCGGCAAAGAGCCCGGAAAAUGGGAGAUUUGUUCUUAAUGUACCUGCAAGAACAGCUGCUCUGCUUCUUGAAGCUGCAAUGAGGAUUCAAAAACAACAGAGUUCAUCAAAACCAAAAACCCAAAUCAAAAAGGUGAAAUUUGGGGUUUUUGGGUCCAUUUUGAAGAAAUUGAAGGAUCGAAAUAGCGAUAAAAAUGGUGAAAAAAAAUUCUCAUGUUCGUGUAAUAAUAGCAGAGUUAACAGUGAAAUCAAUGAAGGGAAGUUAAUUGAUAUGGAGAAUUAUAGCAAUUAUGGUGAUUUUGGUUCGUCUCCGUUAAGCCCUUUUAGAUUUUCUCUUCAAAGAUGCCCGUCGACCUCCGGCUAUGUAUCGCCGGAAUUCACAUCGCCGGCAGCUUCUCCGGUUUGUCACAAGAAAGAGGACAAAGAAAAUUAUGAAACAAUUAUAGGGUUGGCAAGUAUUGAUCAACUAGAAGAAGAAGAAGAUAAAGAGCAAUGCAGUCCAGUUUCUGUAUUGGAUCCUCCAUUUGAGGAGGAGGAUGGACAUGCAGACGGGGACGAGGACGAGGAUGAGGAUGAGGAUGAGGAUUCUGAUCUCGAUUGCAAUUAUGCACUUGUACAAAGAGCACAACAACAACUUUUGUCUAAGCUUCGUCGAUUCGAGAAAUUGGCUGAAUUAGAUCCAAUUGAACUCGAGAAAAUAUUGCUCGAGGAAGAAGAAGAAGAAGAAGAUGAUGAUCGCGUAGAGGAAGAAGAAUGUCAAGUUUUUAACUUGAUUUUCGAGGAAAAGUUUGAAGUUAAAAGUUUGAACUAUGGAGAAGCCGUUUUUGGAAGAGAAUGCAAGAAGAUAGAUUUAUCAUCGCAAGAAUUAAGAUCAAAUACCAUCGAUAUGAUGGUAAAAUCGAAUUUGAAAAGUGAGUUUGAUGAUUGGAAUGAGUUUCAAGAUCAAAGAGAAGAAACCGCGAUAGAAUUUGCUUUUUCUAUAUUUGGAUUGUUAGUUGACGAAUUAGGAGAGGAGCUAAUUCAUUUAGCUCACUCCUAAAAAAACGUGAAUUUCUAAUGGACGUAUCAUUGGAGGA